GGGGGCGGGGACCGCUGCCGCCUCAGUCGCUGCCGCCUCUUCAGCCGAGAAUCCCGCUCCGGCCCCGGCCCCGGCCCCGGCCCUGGCCCCGGCCCCGGCUCCGGCUCCUCUCUCGCUGCCGCCUCCGCCAACGUCGUCGCUGCCGCCUCCGGCGCUGCCCGCUGCAGGUGACUAGCUCCGGGGCAGCGCCGCCCGGAGCCGCCGGCGCCGCGUCAUGUCCACCGAGGACGAGCGGGCCAGGGAGAUCCUGAGGGGCUUCAAGCUAAAUUGGAUGAACCUUCGGGAUGCUGAGACAGGGAAGAUCCUUUGGCAGGGAACAGAAGAUCUGUCUGUCCCUGGUGUGGAGCAUGAAGCCCGUGUGCCCAAGAAAAUCCUCAAGUGUAAGGCAGUGUCUCGGGAGUUGAAUUUUUCUUCAGCAGAGCAGAUGGAAAAAUUCCGCUUGGAACAAAAAGUUUAUUUUAAGGGGCAGUGCCUAGAAGAGUGGUUCUUCGAAUUCGGCUUCGUGAUUCCUAAUUCCACAAACACCUGGCAGUCCUUGAUAGAGGCAGCGCCAGAGUCCCAGAUGAUGCCAGCAAACGUCUUAACUGGGAAUGUGAUCAUAGAGACCAAGUUCUUUGAUGACGACCUCCUCGUCAGCACAUCCAGAGUGAGACUUUUCUACGUGUGAGGGGGGCGGUAUUUCCAGGAUUGGGGUUUGGGGUUUGGGUUUUUUGGGGUGGGGGGAGGGAAGGGAGCUGUUUUACUUUCCUCCCCGCCCCUUUUUCAGCCCCACCAUCUUUAACUCCCCCUGGCAGUCCCCGAGCGACCGGCUCUGUGGAGGCGCCAGGCGGGGUCUCCCUCCUGCGAUGAGCCUCCCCCGACCAGCCCAAAGCCCCCCACCCCAGAGCAGGACGAGGAGGGGAGCGGAGAGCCUGACCGGGGCCGCCUCGUCAGUGCCAUCCUCCCACUCCCCUCCGCCCCGCGGGCGCCACCCCCAUCUUGGCCCCUGCUUUGGGAUAGAGCUCAUUUUCCAGCCCUCCGUUUAGUUCCAUGGUUUCAUAUGUCUUCAUACACUUGUAAAAUACAUAGACUGUGAUAUUAUUACGUAAUGUAAUUAAAACCAACUUAUGAAUUAAAACAUUCCUCUAGUCCUCAGA